AUGUCCAUGAACCAGGUGGGCUUUUUGCACACUCAAAAGCGCACCAGCCGAGACCUACUUGAUUGCCCUAUGGGCGGUUCUCGUGCGUCCGACAACGUGCUCAUCAGCGACGCUUCUCACGGCAUCGCAACAUCAUCUGUUUCAGAAUCAAACUUGGCGCUCUCGAAGACGCUCGCAUCGUCAUCAGCCCCUCCUCCUGCGCAAAGUGCUGACUCGGCUGAUGAGGUAAGCGAUCUCGAACAGAUGCUCACAGAGAUCCUGGACGCUGCAAAGACGUUCGCGAGCACCAUCCAGGCGCCGUCCUCUGCCUCAACGCAACACGACGGAGACACGCUUCCGGCAUGUGCGUACCUGCUGCGCACCUACUUCCACUUUGACACUGGUGCCUUCAAGGCCCAUCAGCAAGAGGUGUGCCUCUCCAUUCUCGCUGGCGUCAACACGCUCGCCGUAUGCCCCACCGGCUGGGGGAAGUCGCUUUGCUACCAGUUUCCCAUUCUUGUUCAUCGUCUCCUCUUUGAAUGCCGCUACACGCGGUGGUGCCGGCACGCUGCUGUGGCAACGUCAGCACUACAGCAGUCAAGUGAGACGGCGGUGACGGAAGGGCUGAUAGGAAACACGAGAGUUGCCGGUCCUCUGCCGAGCACCGGUCUACCAGCGCACCUUUUCAGCCGCUUCUGCGUUGUCGUCUCUCCUCUCCUGGCGCUAAUGGAGGACCAGGCAGAGAAAGUCAACGCGAUUGCUCACUUGAACGCCUUUGUGCUCUCAUCGAAAGUGGCUGCUGACCGAGAGGCAGAGGUGCUUGCCAAGCUCGAGUCUCCGCUCUGCCCACUCGACGUCCUGUUCGUGUCGCCGGAGAAGUUCAUUGCGAGUGUCGCGCUACGGCGCCUCCUGCAGUCCCAGGCGCACCGGCUGGCGCUGGUAUGCGUGGACGAGGUGCACUGUGUUUCUGGCUGGGCCUACGACUUCCGGCCCACCUUCAUGUACGUCAGCCGCGUUCUGCAGAGCCCAUUGCUUGCCUACCCAGCAGCGAAUGCCCCCGAGGCGUCACCGUUGAUGUGCGCGAGGGAGUCGCUGGCAGCGGUGCCGUAUUUGUGCCUCACCGCAACUGCCACCAAGGCAGUCAUGCAAGACAUCCAAGCAAGCUUCGGUAUUGUGCGGACAGUGACGUGCGACAAUCAGUGGCGUUCGAAUCUGCAGCUGCAGGUAGUAGACCUAGUCGAGCGCCACGCGUCGUUUCACCACCUCCCUCCAGCGUCGGGCGACGCUGCCGAGGCUCGUGAGCCGUCUGCGCGAGUGAUACAGGACGCGCUCGUCGAGGCGGUGCAGCAGUUGCCAAAGCCGAUGAUUGUUUACGUGCAAAGCCGCGCAGAUGCAGACGCGUUGUCGGGACUCCUUUCCUCCAAAUGUGGACAGUCACACUCGCCGGCGUCGGGAAGUCGCCAUGGGGUCUUCCACGUAGCGCCGUAUCCUGUUUCGCGCGAGCAACGCAGCUCAGUUGAUCACACGGAAAGCGAAGGCAGGGGGAAGAACACCAAUGAGGAGCACGCAGACGCACCACGCGGCGCGGAGACCGCAAUCGUGAUUCGCUCCUACCACGCGGCGUUGACACGGGCAAUGCGAAGCGCUACCCAGCGGCAGUUUCUUCACGGCAAGAUCGACGUAUUGGUGGCCACGAUUGCGUUUGGCAUGGGCGUCGACAAGGCCAACAUCCGCAGCGUUAUCCAUGCCUCAGCACCGAGCUCGAUAGAGGGCUACGUGCAGGAGAUUGGUCGGGCGGGUCGCGACGGUGCGCCAAGCAUCUGCCGUCUCCUGUACAACCCGUUCGACUUCUACACCCUCCGGUGCCGACUGUGGGGCACGUUGCUCUCGCCAUCCGAGAUGCGUUCCAUUGUGUGUGCAAUCUUAUCGGGCUCCACCACCCACGUCGGGCAGCGACUCAUGCUCGUUUCUGUAUCCACUCUUUCAGCAGAACUGGGCUUUAGCGAGGAGGUCAUCGAGACGGUUCUUUUCCUGCUGCUCACUGCAACCGGCGUCGGUGCUUCACUUGCUGACGGUUUAUCUACAUGUGAAGCCCCAUCCCGUGUACCAUCCCCCUUCAAGGCCGUUUUAGGUUCUUACCCGCUCGGCUACAAGGUUCUACGGGUCCAGGAAGAGGCAGAGAGGGACCGUGACCCGGAACUGGCAAGCUCAGCCAUCAACGCAACGCUCCGCAACAGAGCAACGCCCCUGAAGCGACGACGCACUGGUGCCAGAGUGGCAGUAGGUGGCUCUUCUACCGCUGCCGGCGUGGGUCUUCUUCUUCGGCAGCUCGGUGCCACUGAUGCAGUUCUAGAGCUGUGCCGCGUGUCACCAAACAUGUUGAACCAGAUCGAAAUGGCGAAUAGGCUUUCGAUGCCGCUUAGUGAGUUUCAGCAACGUAUGCAGGACCUUGUUGAAACUGGUAUCGUGACCGUUGCCAAGUAUGGCACGCCGUCAGCUCUGCUUCUGGAAUUGGCAGACACUUUCACUGAGGCAGCGAGCCCCGCCUCUCAGCAGGCUCUCGCCUCGCAUCUUUUAGCGCUUCAUCGCGGUCGUCUGGAUGCGCAGGUGGCUGGACUGCGGCUGAUGUUCGGUGUACUACAGUAUCCCACCCACAAGGCCAUCGCUGAAGAGCUUAGCAGGGAGCCGGAGUCGUGCAGGACGGCGUUUGAGAGCGAUCACCUCACAUGGAGACCGCCAGGUCGAGGAAUGGGCAAGGUGAAGGCGGUGUCCCUAGUGAACGCCUUUGUGGAGGAAAAUCGCCUCCGUAUCCACUCCACCUACGAGGCGCUACGUGCUUUGAUGGGAAUUCGCCCAAGGAGUCUCAUCCAGCAUGGCAAGUACGCGGGUCAGCUCCCGCUGGCGCAGAGCUGGUACGUGAACUCACCGUACUUUGGGGCACUGCGCACCUUUGAGCUGUCUUGGGUGCUUCAGAUUCUUGCACCACACCACCUCGACACACCGUUCCGCGAUGAGUGA